AUGGGAGCCCCUUCAAGCCCCGACCGUGAGCUGGAGUCGAAGCAAUCACCCCCACCAUAUUCUCCAUACAUCGAUCCUGAGCUGACAACGGAGUCGGCCGAUGUCUAUACCGAUGGCCGCAUUGACGUCAAUCUAGAAUCCAAGCUUGCGAAAUCGCUCGCUCAAAUUGCCGACCAGCAGCAAGAUACAUAUCCUCCACUGCUAGAGAAUCUUGGUGCUGAUAUCCCGGGAUCAUUUCCCUGUGAUUUGAAACUAAAUAUAGUGAUCCAGAUUGUGGGUAGCCGUGGGGAUGUGCAGCCCUUUAUUGCAUUAGGAAACGCACUGCAAAAGCAUGGCCAUCGUGUUCGUAUCGCCACCCACGGAGUCUUCGAGAACUUUGUUAAGGAGUCUUACUUGGAAUUCUUUUCAAUCGGUGGUGACCCAGCACAGCUCAUGGCCUAUAUGGUCAAAAAUCCGGGUCUAAUUCCGCAGAUUAAAACCCUCCGUGACGGGGAGAUCAAAAAGAAGCAACGCAUGGUAGCAGAAAUGCUCGAUGGAUGUUGGAGAUCAUGUAUUGAGGACGAUACUGAUACUCUGGAGCCAUUUGUGGCAGAUGCAAUUAUUGCCAAUCCACCUAGCUUUGCGCAUAUUCAUUGCGCACAGGCUUUGGGCAUCCCUGUUCACUUGAUGUUCACUAUGCCUUGGAGCAGUACCAAGGCCUUUCCUCAUCCCCUGGCGAAUCUUCACUCUGAGACUAUGGAUGCAAGCCAAGCCAACUGGGUAUCGUACGGAGUGGUCGAAUGGCUAACAUGGCAAGGCUUGGGAGAUGUUAUCAACCGGUGGAGGUCUUCGAUCGACCUAGCACCCGUUCCAAGGACUGAGGGACCGUGUCUUGCAGAAGCCUUGGAGAUCCCGUUUACUUAUUGUUGGUCGCCCGCCUUAGUCCCAAGACCACGGGAUUGGCCAGCCCAUAUUGAUGUUUGCGGGUUUUUCUUCACAGAACCGUCUUCAUAUACCCCACCACCAGAGCUAGCGGAAUUUCUAGAGGCGGGACCGCCUCCAAUAUACAUUGGCUUCGGCAGCAUUGUUGUCGAUGAUCCUCAAAGACUGAUUAAUACUGUGAUAGAAGCAGUCACCCUGUCUGGCGUAAGAGCAAUUGUUUCAAAGGGCUGGAGUGAGCUGGCAGGCCCUCAAAAUGACAACAUCCUUUAUCUCGGUGACUGUCCACAUUCGUGGCUUUUUCAACAUGUAGCUGCUGUGGUUCACCAUGGAGGAGCUGGAACGACCGCUUGUGGUCUAUUAAACGGGCGGCCUACUGCGAUAGUGCCGUUCUUUGGCGAUCAACCAUUCUGGGGUAAUAUGGUCGCAGAAGCCGGGGCUGGUUCAUACCCGAUCCCACAUGCCACGCUUGAACCCGAAACGCUGGCUGCUGCAAUUCAAUUCUGCCUUACGCCAGCUGCUGCCGCAGCCGCACAUGAGAUUUCAAUCAAGAUGCAGAGCGAAUGCGGAGUCGCAGCUGCUGUGGACUCGUUCCAUCGUAAUUUGCCUCUCGAUAGAAUGCGAUGCAGCAUCAUUCCCGAACAAAUAGCGGUAUGGACAUAUACUAAGGGAAAGAAGCCACUGCAUUUGUCUAAGGCAGCUGUGAACAUUUUGAUUGAACACAACAGAAUUGAAGCUAAGCACAUCAAAUGCUACCCCAUUAACCCUAUACUGAUUGAGAACCGUCGAUGGGAUCCAUUGACCGGGGUCCUGUCCGCUGCCACAGCCACUGGCUCCAAUAUGCUACAAUCGACAGGCGAAAUGUUUUAUAAUCCAUAUAAGGAAUUUAAACGAGGCCGUGCCAAAGAUUCUACCCAGAGAAGCACGAAUGAUACACCUCGAUCUUCAAGUUCCACAGGAUCGGGAUCUAUAACUUCCGGAACGAUGUCAAAUAAAGGCUCGCACUUAGAAAAGAGUGGUCGACCACCUAUGAAUCGAUCCCAGAGUUCCCGAGAACAGGAUGGAUUCCAAACUGCAGGAAAUAUGGUAGGAGCGACAUUGCAGGGCUUCGGCAAAUUUUCCGCUACCUAUCUCAGGGGUGUUAUCGUGGAUAUUCCUCAUGCUGCAGCAGAGGGCUUUCGAAGGGCACCUCAGCUCUAUGGUGAAAAGCCGAAAGACUAUGGAACGGUUCAGGAUUGGAAAUCAGGAUUCAAGGUUGGUGGGAAGAAUUUCGUUGGUGGCAUGACCAGCGGCGUAACGGGCAUGUUCACGCAUCCCAUGAAAGGGGCAAUCGACGAGGGAUCGGCGGGUGCUGUUAAAGGUCUGGCUAGAGGCGCCCUUGGAAUGGCUACAAAAAUGCCUUCCGGUGAGUGA